AAGUAGCAGCGGAGUGCGACGUCUUCGUAUUCACGUCCUCUUCGCAAGCAGUCGCUGUUUUCCGCUCUAGGGGAAUUUCCUCCGCAGUAAUGGAUCCCAAACACAGGGCGAAGGUCUGCUAGUGACAGCUCGCAGCAUUUUUCUAGGCAGGAAUGCGACUCCCCCGCCGCUGAGCUCAACAUGAGAGAGUGGUGGAUCCAUGUGGGUCUGAUCUGCAUCCCGCUGGUGGCCGUUUACCUGCACAUCCCCCCGCCUCAGCUCUCACCUGCCCUGCAGAAGUGGCACAACGCCGGGGAGGUCUUCCACUUCAGAGGCAAUAACAUCUUCUACAGAGACUCUUAUGGUGCUUUAGGGAGCUCAGAUGUCGUCAUUCUGCUCCACGGCUUCCCCACUUCCAGCUACGACUGGAGCAAGAUCUGGGAUCCUCUCACACAGCGCUUCCAUCGAGUCAUCGCACUGGACUUCCUCGGUUUUGGCUUCAGUGACAAGCCGCGGCCCCACAGAUACUCCAUCUUUGAGCAGGCCAGUGUGGUGGAGGCUCUGGUGGCCCAUCUGGGUCUGAGCAACCAGCGAGUCAAUGUGGUGUCUCAUGACUAUGGAGACACUGUAGCUCUGGAGCUGCUCUACAGGAGUGAUCAAAAUCGCACAGGUCACCUGACUUUUAACAGUCUUUGUCUUUCUAAUGGAGGAAUAUUCCCAGAAACACACUACCCACGGUUGCUGCAGACGCUUCUCAAGGACUCGAGUUUUCUGGCUCCCAUUCUCACACGUCUCUCCAACUAUGUGAUCUUCCAAAAGGGGAUCGGAGAAGUGUUCGGUCCGUACACACAGCCCACUGAUGCAGAGUUCUGGGACAUGUGGACGGGUUUACGCUACAAUGAUGGCAACUUAGUUUUGGACAGUAUCCUCCAGUUCAUCAACCAGAGAUCAAAACACAGAGAGCGAUGGGUUGGAGCGCUCACUUCCACAUUCGUCCCACUGCACAUCAUCUACGGACCUCUGGACCCCGUCAACCCUCAUCCCCAGUUCAUCCGUCUUUACCAGCAGCUGGUUCAGCGGUCCACCAUCACCAUUUUGGACGAACACAUCAGUCACUACCCUCAGCUGGAAGAUCCCACCGGCUUCCUGAACGCAUACUUUAAUUUUAUUCACUCUUUCUGAAGGGAUUUCUAAACGCAGGUUUCAUGUUCAAGAGUGAAAGUCAGACGUUUUCAAAGUAUUCCAAAAGUACCAAAGUGAGAAAUGGUCACAUGUUGGUGUGAAGUCGUGUCCCGAGGAUUGUGACCAGGAGAAAUGCUGCAUGAGUUUGAGAUUUAAUCAGCUAAUUGACCAGCACCAAUUCCUGAAAUGUCAUUUAUUGACAUGGAAGAAGUAAAAUGUCAGCUAGAAUCAAGAUAAUUUAUGCAAACCUUGAAGUUAACUAAUGCUAAGUUGUGAUCGUUCAACAAUCUGUGGGACAUCGUUUUAAUUCCCUGCAUUUUCUGUUUUGUUUAAUCAAUCAGCUGCAUUCUUAAUGACUUUUGAUAUAAUUUUCUACAUUUCUCUUGAUGUCAGUGACUUAAAAC